ACUGUACCCAUAUACCCCCAAUCACUUCACCCCACAUCCAGCAUCUGUGGUACCCGGAUAUAAGUAGCCUUCCUCCAACAAUGCAGCAGCAGACGAUAAGCGAUGUUAUCCAGGAUCGGGUACCGGUCAUCUGAUUGACGGAAAGGCCCCCUCCCUUCAGACUCCAGCGUGGCCCUUAUCCGGAUUCCGCCCAGGCAUCCGUAUAAAGGUCCUCCCGGCGGACAAGCACGCCAGUUGCGCUCUCCCCGCAUCCACCAACUGCAUUUCCACCUCUCUUCUCGCAUCUACACUACCGCUAUGGCCCCGAACCCACAGUGCGCUGCCCUCGCCGCCGCGAAGGACAAGAAGGGCUUGUCCUACUCUCAGAUCGCCCAGCAGAUCGGCGUCUCGGAGCAGCGUGUCAUCGACAUCUGCACGGGUGCGGCGGUCCCCACCACCGGCGAGUUCAACUCCCUCGCGGGCGCGCUCGACAUCAAGUCCGCCCCCCCGGCCGACGCUGCGCAUACUAGGGUGUAACGCGGUAAUCGAUGACGAUUACGCGAGUCUUGUACAGUAUCGCUUUAUCCGGGUUCUGUGUGUAUUAGUAUCGUCGCAUUCGCUGCAUUGCAUCAAUAUCACAAACACAGUGUAUCACGCCAUUCGGAUGUCAUGCAUGUUCAUGCCAUGUUCGAGCAACUUGAAGGCGAGUUGGUGGCUUGAGUGGGUUUCGAGUACUGAGUGCUGGG